AUGCCACCGCAUUUCGUGCAGAAGACGGGGUUGCCGCCCAUACGAACAUUAUUCAUUACAAAUGUGCCACCCACCAUUGACAACAGUCAAAACUUGUUGCCUUACGUGCCAAGAGAAGGACUUCUCGCUCUUCGAGUAAAGCGAAGUGGUGGGCGCGAUGUUGGGUUUGCAGACUAUGAUACAGUGGAGUCUGCCCACCGGGCACUACAGUGGUUUUCUACACUGGACGUGACGACUGAGAUUGCAGCCAGCUGUUUGCGUUCCAUGCCGCCUACGUGGACGCCGAUUCCACCGAAGUUCCGCUUACCAGUUCCAUACGAGGAGUACAACCGCUGCGCGGGUGACCCUGCCCGCUCUACGGAAUUGCUACUGAACAGUGUCAUCCUUGUCGCUGAGUGGUCCAUCAGUACCCCAACAUGCCGCCCCAAUUUUGUGCCUUCAGCCGCCCCACUCCAGCCUUCGUUGAAUCAGGAGCGGUACGGUGGCGCUACUGUACCGAGACUCUCUUCACAUAUGUCCUGUCAGCCGCCGUUGGGUUUCUUUCCGCCAUCUUCAUGCCAUGCGGGCUUACCGGUGGAAACACGAUUACACCAUAUGGCAACGGUCCCGCAAGUUCGCGCUCGGAGCCCGCUCUCCCGAAGUGCUGGCGGCUCAAAUACACAUGGUAGCGACUGUCCCUGGAACAGUAGGGAAACGGAAAAUCCACUGGGUAACAGUGGGCCCCCGCAACACCCAAUCCCGCAGCAAAAUUGUCACUGGCGUCCAAAGCAGCAGCAGUCCCACAACCGAUGCUGCACUGAAGGUGCUCAUACGUACGUCACCCCAUCUAUGUCGCAUAUCGGGCGCUCUCGGGUGAGUUUAUCGGAUCCUGGUGGUUCAUUUGCUGCUCUCGACGACACAGAUCUUCCCAGCAGUACACUGUUCGUUAAAGUUUUGCGUUAUCGAGGGUUUCCACACCAACCUUUGUCAUCAAUCACGGACUUAACGUACUCCUCUGCAGAAACAGAGGUAGAGAGAAGUGGCAGGGCGUGGGAUACAUCGGAAGUUUCACCAGCCCUAAAUACACAAGAACAGCAGCAGCCACAUCCACAGCCUCAGCUACAUCCGCCGAGGAGGCUAGAAAAUCUCUUCCGGAUGUGGUCGCAUCUCCACCAUCGGCACCACUGUCUCUCAUCUCAAGAGGACACGCUGGGAGAGGAGGAGGAGGAGGAGGAAGAAGAGGAGCCGCCAUUUACAUGCGGCGCAGCUAGCACGGCCGCCCCUGAAAGGGUGGUGCUGACGUCUUCCUCGCGGCGGGAAAACAUGGCGCGUGGUGGUGUGGCCGCCGAAACAUCAAUAAAAGAGGAGCACAUCUUGCCUUCUUCAUCUUCAUCUCCUACCAGAGACAAUGGUGAUGCAUGUGCCGUUGUCGAGAUGGUUCUGAACCGCGAUUUUUUCUCGGAGCGCUUUGCUGGGUUUCGUUCUUACGUCUCUUAUGGCAGGCAAAGCGGGUUCGUGCUGUUUGAGCGGCCUGGAGAUGCGCGUCAGUGUUUGCGAUGGCUGCGACGGCAACCCGAUCUUCAGCCCUUCCUUAUGGUUCAGUUCGCACGUGAAGACACGAGGCGGCGCCGGUUCCAGAGACGUCGAAGCAAGUGA